AUGCCAGGAACAGCGGUAGAAACGUCUGAUGGCACUUCGGUUCCCGGCGCUGGAGUCUCGGGCGCUUCUGCUGCUGCUGCAGAUGUUGAAUGGUUUCUGCGGCACGAAUUGGGACCCGAAUCAACCGCCUCCACCGAACUAGACGUGCGCGGGUCGCGCGAGCCGCAAUCCGUAGCGGCAGCGGCUGUUGCAGCAGCGUUUGGCUCCUCACCUCAGGACAAUAACAACCACCUCGAUAAUAAUAAUAAUAAUAACAGCAACAACAACAAUAAUAAUAGCAAAAGACCUCGUGUGUCGGAAAGUGGCAGAGUGAAUGCGGUGAAUCCAUCGUUGGGACGUCAUUCUCACAACAAGAGAUCGAAAAUAUCCAUUGGACCUCAGGUCAAUGCAAGAACCAAUCAGGCCUCGAAGCUACCGCAUCAUCUUGGGGCUGUAGAUCCCGAACUGGCCUCUUUAGACGAUCCAGAAGAUGUUACCGAACAUGAACAACUUGUACGGAAAGCCAUUCUCGACGCCGAUUCUAUUGCGCAUCACCCAGACUUCCAGCACUAUUUGAACACUGAGGAUGAUUCUGAUGAGAAAUCGCGUCUGUCUUCGGCUUUACAACACAAGAGCUCCGCUUCAGGUCUUGGAAAUAUUCACGAUCAUGGAAGAAAAAUUGAAGUGCUACCGAAAGUUACCAGCUCUGACACAGGCAUGCGCUCACAUUCUGGUUCUGGUAACGGGUCUGGCUCGGGGUCUGGCUCGCGGUCUGGUUCUGGGCCGCUCACCGGAUCGGGUUCAGUUGUAGGUCACGGCAGCAUGUUAGCCGGUAGCAUGAACCCCAUGUCUAGAAUGGGCUCGGGAUCUGGUGCUGGUGCUGGUUCGGACGAUCAAGAUAUAUCACACCUGAUUCAGGAUGCGGCUACUAAGGCGUCUAACUUUAUAAGUCCUCAAAGUCAAUCUACGGGCAAGUCAUUUGAUGCAGCGGAGGAACAGGCAUUGGAACAUUUCAUUGGAGAAUACCAAGCAAUCAAAAAUUUGUCUCGCCGACAGAUCUGCGAACGUAUCUGGUCUAACGAGCGUCGUAAAGAUGACUUUUGGACCAAUAUUUGCAAAGUUCUUCCCUAUAGAACAAGAUCGUCCAUUUACAAACACGUUCGUCGUAAGUACCACAUUUUUGAACAACGUGGUAAGUGGACGCUCGAAGAAGAACAAGAAUUGGCAGCACUUUGUCUCGAGAAAGAGGGACAGUGGUCUGAAAUUGGCAAAAUAUUGGGUAGAAUGCCUGAAGAUUGUAGAGACCGUUGGAGAAAUUAUGUGAAAUGUGGUAACAAUAGAGCUUCAAACAAGUGGUCGUUACAAGAGGAAGAACAGUUGAAAACAGUCAUUUCAGAAUUGUUGGAUUCUGCAGAAUUGCCAGACGAUCAAAUAUAUGAUACCGCUGAUGAUUCUCAGUUGGAGGGUAAGGAUAAGAAAAAUGCCAAGAAAAAGAAGGAUUCUAAUACUAAGGAUGCGAUCAACUGGACCGUUGUGAGCGAGCGCAUGGGCGGUGCCCGCUCCCGUAUUCAGUGCAGAUACAAAUGGAACAAACUUUUGAAGAAACAAGCAAUGAGUAAGAUUAAAAACAUUAGUGAAGAAGACAAAACUUGGAUUCUUGAAAAACUUAGAGAUAUGGGUUUCACAGAAGAUUCGCAAGUAGACUGGGACGAACUCGCCAUACUGAUGCCAGGAAGACAGUGGUCCGGGACUGAAUUGAAACUCUGCUACGAGAAAUUGAGGACUGGUGUGAGAUACCAUAAGGAUCGAACCAUCAAUCAAAUUUGUAAAGAAUUGAUUGGCAACCGCGAUGGUGGCUUUUCAAUGGAAUCCGGUAACCUUUCAGGCGCAACAAAACGGUAG